GACAGAAGUGGAUGGCCCCAGACCUGGAUUCACCACUUUAAAAUCACGAGUGGGACUUGGAGUUUGGGGAUAAUUCUGCUCUUGGCCCAGAGAGAGUGAGGUGGAAUAUAGCAGAGUUUCUGUGGAAGUUUUCACUCACUGGGGGAGCUGAGUGAGAGAGCAUUAAGAGAGUGAGCUGUGCGGUUCAGGGGGUCCAGAUGGCAGGCAUGAGGGGCCUGGCCUGCACUGGAGUCUGGCUCUAGAGUCCACAGGGGCUCACACUUCAACUGGACACAUUCCACAGGACGUGUGCCCAUGAGGUCGUCGCCACUGGUCCUGCUCCUCCUGAUCGGCGUCCAGGCUGUACUGAACAUGGGAGGUGGACGGGCCCUGAGCACCGGGGCAGCCAACCACAAAGUAGGACAGCAGACAGCAGCCAAUCACAGAGCAGGACAGCAGCAGACAGCAGCAGGGGACCGCCUCUCCAAUCAUCAAUCUUCACAGGAGCAUCAAAGGACCAGCCACCAUAAGACCAGGAGGCCCCAUCGGGCAGCUUCACAAAACCAGGAUAGGAGCCCUAUUGUCGGACACUCUAUAUCAGAUUCCGCCCUUGACUCCUCCAUCCCAGAGGUGGACCCCAAGCUCUUCUCCAAGAGACGGUACCGCUCCUCACCCCGUGUUGUCUUCAGCGAAGUGCCCCCAUCGCACAAUGCCCUGGAAAGUGAGGGCGAUGACAUUGGGGGCAUGAGGGGGGUGAGGGUGAGGCGCAAAGCAGGGUCUCAGCCCAUGCACCGAGGAGAGUACUCAGUCUGUGACAGCAUAAAUAACUGGGUGGGAAACUUGACGCAAGCCAUAGACAUAGCUGGGCACGAGGUGACAGUGCUGUCCAAUGUUAAAAUCAACAAUGUGGUGAAGAAGCAGCUCUUCUAUGAGACCACCUGCCGAUCCCCCACACACAGCCCUGGAGCUAGCAGCGGGGGCAGGGCAGGGGUACGGGGCGGCAAAUCGAAGUCAGAAAAUUCAGGCUGUCGUGGCAUUGACAGUCGCCACUGGAACUCCUACUGCACCAACACACACACAUAUGUACGUGCCCUGACCGUCUACCAGGAACAGACUGCCUGGCGUCUCAUCCGGAUCAACGCUGCAUGUGUGUGUGUUCUCAGCCGGAAGUCUUGGGGUGGACGACUGGGGCACUGACUGGGGAGGACGACUCCUGACCACUGAACUAUGAAUUCUAACCCCUCACACACACACACACACACACACACACACACAUACACACACACACACACACACACCUUGCCACAAAACACAAACAUUUCUUCUAAACAGCCACUGCAGCUUUAUUGCCAAUACUGUAAUCCUUUUCCCCACCUCCGAACAUACAUGCAAACACACACUCACAUAAACACACGCUGACCAUAGCCUUCUAUCCUGUCACAUCAGCCACAUAUGAAAAUUGCACACACACACACACACACACACACACACACACAUACACACACACACACACAC